AUGAAAAAUGUUAUUGAUGAUAUUACAGAAUACGAUGGAAUUUAUAGAUCCGAUGGUCGUGGAUAUGUAAGUUUCCGUCGUUAUUUCUUAAAGAAGUUCGAAGGACAGUUAAACAGCAAGUUCAGAGAAAAUACUUAUUUGCCUCUUCGAAUUUUAUUGUUAGAAACAACAAGAAGCAAAGCCAAACAUUCUCUAAACGAUCUUUGGCUACUUUUACAUAGCAGAAGGCUAAAAGCUCCAACAAUUCUUUCAAUGUCAGUAAGUGAUACAGAAAUAAUUCCUUGGAGACAAAUGUGCUCUGCUCUUACAGCUCCAGGACCAGUUUCUUUUAUUAAAUGCGCUCCAUUUUCCCGUGAAAGGUUCGCAUUUUCAACAAUUGAUGGUUCAAUCCACUUUGCUAGCACUGCUCAACGCCAAUUACGUAUUAUUAGCUCAGUUUCCAUUCCAGAUGUUGCAUUUAUUAAGUUUGAUUGGGUUUCUGAGACAAUGGUUGCUGGUAUCGGCGUCACACAAUCAUUAUUCUUCCUUUGCAAUGAUUCUCGUAUCUACGAACUUCCUAUGCCAUCUCCACCAAGCGAAAUUGCUAGAUAUACAACUCCACCGAUCAUAAUUGUUGGUGAUCGUGCUGGUGUACUUUACAGCUUAGAUCUUUCGGAAUUAAAUCCAUCACAUACAUUGGAUGCAUCAGCAAGUUUCAAACAACCUACAAACUCAACGAUUUCCAAUGUUGAUCCAAUUUACAGCAAAUUCCAUAAGCUGAAAAAGCCGAUUACAGCACUUUGCGUAUCUCCUGAUGGUGGCGCAAUUAUAUGCGGCACAUCUGAUGGCGAUAUCGAUGUAGUUUUGGUUGAACCUAAAGAAUCCAGAUUUUUCAAGUCAGCAAGGAACGAACUGAAGUCUACAGGAGUCACACAUGUCUCAAUGUCCGGACUUCUCAAUAUUAAACCAUGUUCUGUCGAUGCUGUUGCAAUUGUCCAUAUUCCAGAUGGAGAUUUGAUAUUUGUCAACAUGAGAAGCGAACUUUCUGGUCUCUUGAUAUCAGAAGACAACUUCAAGCAUGUUAUUAUGAAGAAAAUGGUCAGAGUUCCUUCAAUGAGAGCUAAAUGUCCGGCAGCAAUCACAUAUGUUGACGGAAAAUGGCUCUGGGUUGCAGGAACGGACAUGGGUGACUUAAUUAUGCAGGAACAAGGCGAAGAAAUCGCAAUUUUGACUCUUCAUGAAUCUACUAUUGCUGCUGUCGAAUGGUGCAAGCAGCAAAAGAGAUUUAUUGCGGCUGAUGUAUCUGGUUUGAUUUCAUUAUGGGAGAAAACCGAAUAA